GUCAAGGAGAUGAGACCCAGGAUGUCACGGUUUAAACAGUUUAACGCUCACUCCAAUAGAUCAUAUGGCAUGACACCGGACGAAGUAUAAACACUCAUGGCGAACAAAAAGGUCUCCGUUUCUUCAACUUCCCUCUCUAUGACUCUUCCGAUCUCGUGCCAGAUAUGUCUAGGGAAGGUUAGAGAGCCUGUAGUUUGUCCUAAUCAACAUGUGUUUUGCUCAAACUGUAUGGAUUUGUGGUUACGAACUCACUCAUUCUGCCCAACAUGCCGAACGCCGAUAACAACGGAGAAGCCUUGCAAGAAAAUUCUUGGAAGUAUUGAUUUGCCAGUGAGUAACGAUGCUGUAACAAGGGCAGACUUAAGACGUACCAGACUUAACUUAAUAAGGCAAGAAUAUGAGGAUGAAAUCAGGUCUCUCCAAAACACUGUAGAUCGUCUGAAAGCUGAAAACAAGCAACUUCAUGAAAAGAUGAUUGAGAGAGAGCGAACAAUGGCAUCUAUGGACUUCACAAACAGACAUCGCGACAAAGAUGAUGGUGCUACUGGAAAACUAGACAUUGAGAUGUUGGUAAAACUCACUACAAGAUUACAAGAAGCAAGCUACACUUAUGAAAAUCUCAGAGGAGAUAUGGACAAAAUUAAAGAGGAUAACAAGAAAUUGCAAGAAGAAAACAGGAAUCUAGUGAGGGAAAAUUCACGUCUCAGAGAAGAACCCAAAUUUUCAAAGUCUCCACAGAGGUAUAGUCAUUACACAAUGGCUGGUCUUCAGACAAAGGUGGGUCAAUAUGAGCGUGAGGUUCAACAACUCAGAAGGGCACUUCGAAGAAGUGACACCUAUGUAGAGGAUUUAACAAACAAGCUGGAGUCAUCCACAGGGCCAUCCUCCUCCAAACCUAAAAGGGCACAUCUCAGAACUAGCCCUGUACCAUCUUCUUGUACAAUAACAAGUCUCACAGAUGAUAGAGAUCCAUCAGAGAAGGGUAAAAAUUCAGAUGUUAUUGAUGUUGAAAACCCCAGUCCACCUGAAGAUGCAAGUCUUCCAGUUGAUGGUAGUCUUAAGAAAAAGAUUUCAACUGCAAAUGAUAAUGAGAAUGUUACCCCUAAUGGUCACUCCCCUGUCCUUGCACCAGUGAGUAGUGAAAGGUUCUCCCUAGAGAAUACUACUUCAUAUGGAGGAGAAGAAAGGGAAUCAGGUCUGAGCUCCAGACGAAGCUCUGAAGUCAGCUUGUAUGGUCAAGACCUUGAUAUUCCUCCUGGGCCUCUUACAAGUUCACUAAACGUUCUUGAGCCGGUGGAAGGAGAAGCUCUUGAUCGACCUCCAUCGCGAGGUGAACUUUUGUUACUUGGGGACCCUUCUGGUAGGCGACAGGAGAAGCCUGCAUUGGAAGAAAACCUCAAUAUGUUCACAGCAAGACGAAGACUGAUGAUGAUGAGUGAGCGGAGAGCAAGGCAAAGGGAUUCACUGGAGCCAAGUAAACUUUUGCGAGAUCUUGGAUCUUGUUCACCUACCAGCUCCGAAGGAGGAAAAAGAAAAUCAAUUGAUGCAAAAUCACUGGAUUUUGAUUUGUUUACUUCAGCACCUGGUGAGGAUUCACCUAGCAAUUCAGUGUCACAGGAAAAUUCCUCUCCCCCACCAGCAUUCAAUAGAGAUCCUGAACUUACAGAGAGUGGGUCCCCUUGCUUCCAUACAUUUUCACUGGCUAAAAUAAAGUCAGAAAUUGAGGUAGACAAUGAAGAUGAAAACACUGCCAAGAAGCCAAGACUUGAUUCUGAUGAGUUCCCAGAUGCUGAAGAGGAAGAAAAAGAGGAGAAAAGUUAGUUGAUGCAUCACCACUUCAAUUUUUUUAAUUCUUUUUCAUAAUAUGCAAAUGCACAAAUGUGAGUUUUUCAUACCAGGUGAGAGGAGCUUUUCCAUAACUUUAAGUUAUUGUUAAGAAUGCUUUUAUUAAAUGUUAUAUAUAUAUUAUUUACUUAAUAAAUUAUUGAAAGAAGUCAUAGAUUAAUAGUGCUGCUACGAAGGAUCAAUUGGUUUUUAUUUGCAAAGAUGAUGUGUAAUUUUUUUUAGAUGAGCACAUACAAUAUUGAAAUGAAAUAGACCUAGAGAGAAAAACUAAUUUCAAAAUUAACAAUUAGUCAAUCAGUGAAGAUCACUAUCUUGAAUAAGCUGAUCCUCCUCAGUGUUUUUCAGGGUUUCUUUUUGUGGGUGUUAGAUUUUUUUCUCAGUAUAACAACAAACAACCUAAACAAUCUAACUGUUCAAGCUCUUCUCUCUGAACUAUUUUGAACCUCAAGAGCCACAACAUGUUAUUUCAUAAAAAUAAUGUUCUCCUGAGGUUGUAUAAAAAGGCUUUUUGCGACAGUGUAUCACAUAACCUAAUCUUUUGGUUUGUAGAAUGCAGUAAGUGAACAUUUCAAUGGAGGAAAAUCACUUCUCCUUAGCAGAAAAAAACUGAAUUCCCCAUAUUUUCAAAUGGUCCUAAACCCUAAGUGAAAUUUGUGGUUUGAUAUGUAUCUGGCUAAAUGGAACAUGAUUUUUCUUUUUCUGCAACCCAGUGGGAAGUUCACCAUUUGCCAAGCAACCGACUGUUGCAAAAGUGUUAUUUUGAUAUUACCCAUUUGACAGUAGAUCUUUAAAAUUUAGUUAAUCGUGUUUGUGUAAGAAGAGAAAACAGAACAGCCUUUUUUAUCAUAUGUUAUGAUUUGGUAACUUAACAACAUCCAAACUGAUUUGUUUUUAUGCAAAUUAGCCUUAGUUUAUUCCCACAUAUGCAACUCUGUUGACAUGCAGGAAAUCAAAAGAUUAUGACACCUGAUGGUUAUUUAUUAGCAGAAAAAGAUUGAAAAUUUUUCCAGUUAUCUGAACCCUUAGUGGGAAAGUUAGUCUAGAGUACUUUUAGUAUGAUGUGGUGACAUACUCAUCAAAGAAGUGUUUUUCAAAUAUCUUAUUUAGUAAAUGUACUUUCGUUUCAACCUUAAUUUUACCCAACCCUAAGAAAAACAAAAAUCAUAUAAACGUAUUGCAUCUGUGUCAGUAUAUACAAACUAAUCGAAUGUAGCCUUACACUGCUGUAAAAAGUAAAGUGUUUUAACAGAAUAUCUAUGUCAGUGUCUGAGCAACAUUGCACCCAGCCCUCCCCUUACCUAACCUCAAUCCCAGCUUGUUAUCAGGUGACUGUUGUUGUUGGGUUGCAAUGUUGCUCGGAUACUGAAACUAUUGCAACUCAUCAAGCUACCAAAAUGAUUGAGCUCUAAAUUGUACUGCCAUAACUGUUUUAAAAAUCCUCAGCAAAAACUCAGGUCAGUUGCAUUUUGAACAAAUACACGCAGCGGUCAACUUCUUAUUUAAACUCACUUAAUGAUACCCCCCUAGGGAACAAGGUAUUUUCAUUCAGAUUACAAUAAUUUAUCGAAUGCAAAUACACAAGUUGCAUUUUAUUGUUUUCCAGUACAUUAUAUUAAUGAUUUAAGGAGUAGUCUCAGUUCAUCUAUGAACACUAGAAGAUUAAGUUAGUAAGUUUUGUUAGUGGUUAAUUUUUGACAAGGUGACUAUUAAGUUAUUUUUUUUAUCAGGUUUAACCAGACAGCAUCGUUUUAAAGAAGGAUAAUUAUGUCAGUCUUAAUAAGAAGUCAUUUGAGUGUUGUGUUGGUUGACUGUCGGCUGACACGUAGGCCGACACGUUGGUAGGAUCGGAUUCUUUACCUUUACCAAUUUCGUGACAAUUACAAUCAUUUCUGUGCCCACUUGACCUUCAACAUUACAAGUCAGUGGAAAUACACUAGUAUCGAGCUGUGAUAAAAACAGCCAGAUUGAAUUUUAGAGAGUUCAAAUAUUGUAGGUUCAUGCUACAUUUUGUAGUUGAUUAUUUUUAUAUAUUGACCAGAUUACACACAAACUAUAUCCAGUUAAAAAAAAAAACCCUUACAUAGGAAUUGUAUGUCAGAGAAAUUUCGAAUUUUUUGAGGCAAUAUGAAUGAUUGUAAUAGUUACUGUGCGAAGUUUUGUUCAGAUUUUUUCUUGACCUUGCAGCAGCAGCAGCAAAGUUAUGGUAGCUAAGAAUUAUGGCAUGACAAGAUCAAAUUUGUUUCGUGCCCUUCUAAGGCUCAGGAGCUGCGUGGAUAAUUCCUCAUAAUAUGUGUCGUAAAUUCAGAAAAAAGGUUUCUUGUUCACUAACACCAUAAAAAUACCAAAACCCUUCUAAAAAUGGUAUGGUACUUUAUUUUAGGUUUUAGAUAAUAUGUGUAGAACGCCUCAAAUGGUGAUAGAAUGUAAGAACGGAUACUUUUCUUGAAAUUUUAUACUGAAUAUUUACCAAGUCUGACUUGUACUCAAAAUUGCUCUUGAUGAAAUUUUGGAGAAAUUUAUGGAGUAAUUUUUUAAACCUUAUAUCUUGUACUUAAUUUUACAAAUUUGUUCAUAGCAAUAUUAAUCAAUACUUAAUUUGCAUAGAAGGGCUGCAGGGUGUCAAUGAAUUUAGACCAGUGGGCUACAAUCCGGCUUUCCCUCGCUUGCCUUUCCUUAUUCCCCCUCCCUUCCCCCCCCCUCUCCUUAGUAAGCCUUUUUUGUUCAAUGAAAUGAAUGCUUCUCUGGAAGUUUCUGCCAAAUUAUGCUAAGCUUAAAAUGAUUCUGUGCUGAAGCCAAGUAUCUAAAUCACACUUGAGAUUCAGCAGAAAGUUUGAGAUUCUGACGACCUAAGUGUUAUUGAAGAAUAUGUUGAUUUUCUCUCCCAUCUAUUGAUGAAUUUUUUUUUUUUAAGAGAGUUCCAAAAUUCCUAUUGUCUAAUUAGAAUUGUACGUUCAUUAGGUCAUGCAGUAAGAAUGCGUAAUGUCCAAAGCAAUCGUUAAAUAGGUAUUUUUGUAACUUCAUUGACGUAGGUCAUUAAACAAGAAAGAAUUUCAGCGUA